AUGGCAUCCCACCUCAGAUCUUCAAGUGCGCCUUCAAGCCCCUGCGCGGGCGAAACCAAUGUCGAAAGACAACUUCAGAGCCUAAACACCUCCGUCUCCUCACCCUCUUCGACCAUCGAGACAAUGCUCGACGGGCUAAGGAGGCUUGGAGAUAUUUACGACUGCAUUGACGAGCUCACAAGCUUACCCAGCAGCCAAGCUCUCAUCUACAAGCCGCAGCAGAGGAUUGUUGUGGAGCAAGAGCUCGAGCACUCCCUGGUGGUGUUGCUCGACCUCUGCGACGCGGUGCAAGUGAGCUUCUCCAAGCUCAAGGCAAGCGUACAGGACAUGCAGUUGGUUACCAAAGAGAAGAGAUGA